AUGGUUCCAGAAAUCCGGGAAGUAAAACGUCGCCUCGUUUCUUCUCUCCGUCAAUGCCUGGAUCUCAGCUUUGGAGAACCUGCCUUUCCCCAGCAACUUUUCGGAUACCAGCUCGUCCGUGAACAUCUUCCAGAGCCUGUCCACUCUUCGCACCCACGCGUGGCACACCGGGCACGGGAGCGUCUCAUCUUCGAAUACAUCAGCCUCGAUGUGCUCCGUGUUGACCUGGUAUAUGUACGUGUUGCAUUGCCUUUUUCCUUCAUCGGCCUGUCUGCACUACCCCAGAACUUUUCGAUGUUGGGGUUCAAGAUCAUUGGAGGACACGGCAUGGUUGCAUUUUGCCCAACGCACUUUGCCGUAGUAGUGACACAUCUUGUUGGACUGGCUGGAUACUCAACCGAAUACGAGGAGGAUACGGCUUGUCCUGGGCUGCGGGCUGGCUAG